UUUUUUUUUUUUGAUACACGUUUUUAUUUCCUUUUUCCAUUUUAUAUACAACACUUCUUUAUAUAUAUAUUUACAUAUACACUAAUUGUAAUGACAUUAGAAAUUAGUCAAAGUACUCUGACUGGUUGGAUCUUGGUAUUUAUCUCUACUACCGCUUGUGUUUUAGGUGCAUCUAUUGUUUUUAUAGAUAGAAUAUGGCAUAGACGUCAAGGAUCUAUAUUAUCAAGUAGAACAUUUCUUGCUUCAUCCAUGGCGCUGGCGUCUGGUGUUCUAUUAGUAUCUUCUCUCACUAUUUUAUUACCAGAAUCACAAGUUCGUUUGAAUUCAACUUCCAAAGCCUAUAGUUGUUUUCUUGGUGGUGCUAUGUUUACUCUUGUAUUAUCUCGUAUUAUACAUUGGUGUACUCCCGAUGCUAUUCAUGCUUGUGGUUCUCAAUCUCCAACUAACAUUGACGAUGAUCUUAGUGGAACCUUGUCAACUUCUACUUCUUCCUCUUCUUCUUCUUCUUCUCCCACAAUGGUACCUCGUAUCAAUCACCAAAAUACUCCCACUGUCCAUCAUAACAAUAUUACACCAAAGUCAUUAUCACUCACCAAAACUAAACCCAUUCGAGUUGAAGAACAGGAACAGCAAACUUUGAUUUUGCCGGAAAACUCACCGACCUUGAAUUAUGGAUCAACUGUACUUCAUGAUGCUCAUUUUCGAUUCCAUGAACAUAACAAUCCCAAUAUGACUCAUAGCCUUGAAGAACAACAGCAGCAUCAUUCAAAUGAGAAUCAAAAACAUCUUCAUCAUCACCAUGUUAACAACCACAGCCAUACUCACCAUCAUCAUAAAGUUCAUAAUGUACAUGACAAUGAUGACAAUGAUAAUCUCGACUUUGAACAAGAGAAACAACAGUUUUGGAGCAUUGGGAUUCAAACAGCAGUGGCCAUCUGUGUACACAAAUUUCCAGAGGGGCUGAUCAUGUUUAUAUCAAGUCAAGCAUCAUCAUCCCUAGGUGUAAGUGUGGCGGCCGCCAUGUCGAUUCACAAUCUGACCGAAGGGUUUAUGAUGGCGUUACCAAUUUAUUAUGCAACCGGAUCUAGACCAACAGCUUUUUUGUGUGCAUCUUUGAUGGGUGGAUUAUCUCAACCUAUAGGGGCAUUGAUUGGUUUAUUGGCUUUUAGAUCCGUGACAAAAGAUCAAGAAGAUAUGUUAUUCGGUGUUACUUUUGGCAUCAUCAGUGGCAUGAUGACUUUUAUUACUGUUCAGAGUAUGUUGCCUCAAGCAAUCAAGGUCGAUACUCAUCAAAGUCAUGUGGUUAUCUUCUUCUUCCUUGGUGUCUUUUUAGUUGGACUUACCUCUCUUCUCAAGACAAUUUAAUUUUAUUCCCCAUAGUUUAUUAGUCUAUUAUAUAUCCAACAUGUUUCCCAUGUAUAUCUUUCGUCUUUUAUUAUUGUAUUUCACACAUACAUAAUAGAUAUAUUAUAGUGAAUCCUAUUUACCUAGCCUAUUCUCUUUUAUAUAUAUAUAUAUCCUAUUCGUAUUAUAUUAUCUUUAUACCUCUUUUCUUCCUUUGUUAUUUGAUAUGUUUGAAGAGUAGAUUUUAUGUCAAUAAAUCCAUUAAAUCCAAAAAAA